GGUUCAAUUCGACAUAAUGCAAGUAACGCUAGCAGAUGGUUUUCAAUAUAUCUGUCAUGCGAGGGACGAUUUUACAAACUGGUUAUGGACGGCACCAUUGAAAACCAAUAAUACGGAAGAGGUGUUUAAUGCGUUGUUCAACAUGUUUACUGUAUUCGGUGCGCCGCUGAUUCUCCAGUCGACUAGUGGAAAGAAAUUCACCGCCGAAGUCAUUCAGCUUCUUAAAAAAAGGUGGCCGCACUCCAAAAUAAUCCAAGGAAAAUUGCUUCCUAGAGCAUACGAGAAUAUGGAAAAAAUAAAUAACACUUUACAACAAAAGCUAACAGAAUGGUUGAAAUCAAAUGAUGAUGGUUGGAAUACAGGGCUUGCAGUUAUUACUUAUGAAAUUAAUACGUCAGUUUCAUGCGUGACAGGCGCAACACCUUAUGAACUGGUGUUUGGUCAAGCGCCAGUUGCAAACUUGAAUCUAUUAAGUGAACUUGAGGAUGAAAACGUGUGCGAUGAGGAAACCAUACGACUAAAAAUUGAAGAAAUGCCCUAUCCUAACAGUGAAUGUGCAUACAAUGACGAGACUAUUAACCGAGCAGGAAAUAUCGAGUCAUUAAUCGAACAGGAUAAUGCACGUCCUGCUAACGAAAUGGAAGUAAUUACCGGAGGACAAGAAAGAGAACAGCAAGAAAUUAAUAUAGAGAAUAAUCACGAUAAUCAAGGCCACCAUGGUGUAAAUAAAGGAAAGAAAAAUUCCCGUCCACAGUGCGUAAAAUGUAACAAACCCAUAUCAAUAAAGGAGUUUUGGCAACAGGCAGAGUGUAUAACCGAGGAAGACUGGGAAAGUGUCAAAGAAUUGCUAUCUUCGACCGAAGAGUUGUUGGUAGUAGAAAAAUCUGCAAAAAGGUUGAAGAAGCAUUUGACAAUUUUAUUAAAAAAUCUGCUACGGUUUGAGCAGAAUAAUAACUUUCCCCAAAAUGAAGUACGGGAAUGGAAUAAAAAGAUAGGCGCAUGGUUACGCAUGGUGUCUGAACGAGCAGGCAGCUCUUUUGAACAACCCGUUAUCGAACAAAACACUACUGAAGCUAGGGUAAAGAGGCAAAAACGAUCAAAUGUUGCGAAAUAUUUAAAUACAAAAAAACCGCGGCUGGAAUAA